AUGCGGACUCAUCUGCAGCCAACCUCCACCCCGCCCGAGGUCGAGCAACCACCUCGGAAGAAAAUCCGCAAGGGGACCCGCAGUUGUUGGGAAUGCAAGCAUCGUAAGGUUCGCUGUCAUUUCGUUUCUGAUGGCGACCAAAGUUGUCGCGAAUGCCUGGCAAGGGGAAUUACCUGUCGCAGUCAGGACUUACCAGAGCCCGAAAAUCCUCGCGAAUCAGAUCGGGCGCCACUGAGUGAUCGAAUGGGCCGCGUAGAAUCCCUUCUUGAGAGAGUUCUGCGACGACUGGACACCCUCGGUGGCGUUGAGGAGGCGCGGGCGCUACCGUCCAUGACAACCGAUAAUGAUAACGGCUUGACCUCUAGUGUAGCCGCCACACCUGCAAAUGAAAACGCCCCAGUCUUGUCGCUAUUUGACAAUGGAGUAGUAACUUGCUUUCGACGACCGGAGGUCUCUACGCCAAAUAUCACAUUGUAUAGUGCAACCACUCGCGACUGGGAAAGGCUACGCCAGGAGCUUCUGGAGUUGUUGCCAUCAGAUAGCGCUUUGAGAAGACUUGAACAGGCCAGUAGCUGCUGGUGGCUAAUCAGGGCUCAAUGCUUCCAGGAAUAUGAGGAAUCGCUCCUCUCAAGCGCGGCGGCAGCCCGUUCGGACAAUCACCCAACCGCGAUCGCCAAAGUCCUUUUGUGGGUGGCCAUUUGUCUCCAGCAGCUCCCGCGGGGAUCGGACAUUGAAUCAUUGGGACUUCCGUAUCCUCCCACACGAUUGAUUGCAAAAUGUGUCAAAGUUGUGGCACAUUCCAUCAGCGUUGACGAGACUUUAGUAAGUAGCCUUGAUGGCUUGGAAUGCCUAGUACUUCAAGGCGUACUUUACAACAAUGAUGGCAAACUGCGGAGCGCCUGGUUGUGCUAUCGCCGGGCGCUGAACGUUGCUCAAAUCAUCGGGCUGCAUCGAGUGGCUGCAGAUUCGACGGACCAGUCUGCAUCCAUUUCCAGGGCAAAACAGAUCUGGAAUCAUAUUAUUUACGCCGACCGAUACCUUUCUUUAAUGCUAGGAAUGUAUCACGGCAUCACGGAUGUGGCCUUGGACUCGAAGCGAAGCGGGAACGAGACACCGAAUCCCACCCCCAUGGAUCUUCUUUGUCGCAUAGCCGGAUCCAUCAUCGAGCGAAACCAGAGGUUCAGCAGAAUUACACCUUCAAUGGUUCGAACGACACAAACCAUCGAUGCGGAGCUUAUGUCGCUUGACCCUGUAUCAGUGGUGGUUGAGGACCCAACCGUCUUAUCGCCAGGAAAGUCUGUCGAGCGAGCCCAGGCCUACACCAAACUCAUGACGCAGCUAUGGCAUCACCAACUCAUCGCCUGGCUCCAUCUGCCGCUGCUCUUGGAAUCUGGCACCGAGAGACGCUAUGACUACAGCAGGCAAAGCUGUCUAGAAGCCUCCCGGCAUAUGAUUACAUGCUAUACAUCGAUCCGUCGCCUCACGGCGAAUAGCUUUUGUUGCAAAUCGCUUGACUUCCAAGCAUUUACUGCCGCCAUUACUCUUCUGCUCAAUAUACUCGGACCGACGGAUCGAUCUCAUCCGGACUCCAAUGACUGGCCCGCCAUCGAAACCGUAAUGACAACCUUGGAGACACUGGCAGAGGGACAACCACCCGACAAGGUAGCAACUCGAGGCCUUAGCGUGCUGCGGACUUUGAAAAGGGUUGCAACGAGAAACGACAAUACCCAAUCUGAUAUCUCCGACGGUCUUCCCCCCGUGGAUGGCCAGUCUGGGCGCAUUAAAGUUGACAUUCCAUACUUUGGUACUAUUUCCCUUGACUGUGGCCCUCGCGGUGAUCUCCCAGAGCAACAACACCUUAACAACGACCCGCCAAAACCUAUUGGCACAGAUAUGGCUUCCGGUAAUGCACCAUCAUCAAACGUGGGAAAUACAACCGAGGAUAGCGUUUUGCAUGAUCAGGCUGCGGAUGUGGGCCCUUGGCCAGAAGCUCGUCUGGAACUUGGCCCUGCCGAUAUAUGGUCAUUUGAUCCGGAUCUAGCACUAUUGCCCUCCUUCUUGCCCGACUUGGAAGAUACCUGGGACUUGGGGCUUUGA